UCUGUGGAAGGGCCCAAUCUAGCUAGGUUGGACCCUUGGGAACCAGGCCCAGAGGGCCUAAGGUCUCCUCAGUCUGUUGUUCACCUGGCACCUGUGGCAGAUGGCUCUGAGUCCCCUGAGGCUGUAAAAAUUGAUGGCAGCCCAGAGGAUCUCAAGGGUCUGGCUGAAGGACCACCAGUGGUGAAUGGCAGGAUGAGGUUGUAUGGGCAAAAAGAAACAGAAUAUUCUUCUGAAGUUCCUGGUGAAAAGGCACAUUAUGUUCUGCGGAGGACAGAGUAGAAGGGUGUGGCACGGGUCAGAGGAUGACCCCUGGUGGAAUAGUCUUCUGUGGAUUUAUCCUUUGUCCCCAUAGCUAGGAGUAUCAUGAUUGAGGAUUCAUUGCUGUGCACAGCAGAGGAGGGACCCCAGGAUGAUGGGGGAACCCUGACCCCUCUGAAUCUGCUGUCUCAGAGACUGUAUCGGACAACACUGCAUUCUUGCAG